AUGGAGUCGAUGAAACGACGAGACGUCGGGCUCGUGAGCGGCCUGAUCACGGUCGCCCAGGCCCUCAAGAGACACGCCCACGAUGGGUUCACCACCAACCUGCGCGUGGUGAGUCAGGACAGGAUGUACCUCGCCUUCCUCGCGGUGUCGUGCGCGGGUUUCUCCUCGCUCGCCGCGCGCGAGUUCAUCGCGCUCGGCACGCGGGAUCGUAUGUCCGCGACGAGCGCCAUCAAGGAGUCGCUCACGAUGCUCGACCUGCACAGGGCAGAGGGACCAAAGCCCGAAGCAUCAUCGGCGUCGGACUCGUCCACCAAGUCUGGCAAGGGACGCGGCAAGGGACGCGGUAAGGGACGCGGUAAGGGAGGCAAGGGCGGGAAGGUCGGAGCUGACUUUUGGCGCGAGCUCGAGUACCUUGUCAAGGUCGCGAUGCCGACGCCGCACUGCCAGAUGGCCCAGCUCCUCGCCGCGCAGUUUACCUUACUUGUCAUGCGCACGCUUCUCACCGUGCGCGCGAACAAGGUGAACACGUUCUACCUGACCAAGGCUAUCAGCACCGCGUCGUGGAAGUUUUGGGUGCGAUGGUUCUUCAACUUUGGCGGCUGGAUGGGAAGCGCCGUGGUGGUCAACAGCGGUCUCCGUUACACCGAGACCCUGAUCCAGAUCGAGCUGAGGAACGCGCUCACGAGGCACGCGCACAAGAAGUACAUGACCGCGAACAACUUUUACAGGACCGCGGUGCUGAGGGACGGCGGACUGGACAACGUCGACCAGCGCAUCGUCGCGGACAUUGACGCGUUUUCUCGCGAGGCGGCGUUUCUGUACGGCCACUCGUUCAAACCCAUCCUCGAGUUCACCCUGUCCCUUACCGAGGCGGCGAAGGAGUUGGGUUACUCCAGGCCCCUCGCGCUGUUCGGCGCGCAGAUUUUUAUCACCACGGUGCUUCGCCAGAUGGCGCCCAGCCUCGGCAAGAUGGUUGCCAGGGAGCAGGCGCUCGAGGGCGGGUUCCGACACACGCACGCGAGGUUAAUCGCGCACGCCGAAGAAGUGGCGCUGCUCGGCGGUGCCCCUCGCGAGAUUGGCAUCUUGGACGACGGCUUGAAGAACCUGGUGGUCACGCAGCGCUGGCACGCGCUGCAGCGGAUCCGCAAGAGCGUCGCGGACAACGUGAGCAAGUUUCAGGGUUUACUCGUGGGCUCGAUCUUCGUGCACGUCCCGUUCAUGCUAAAGUCGACUUCAGAGGGCGAGCGAAUCUCGCUCUUCCGCGCCACCGAGGAGCUGAUGCUCCGGUGCGGCAGCGCAUUCACCGAGGUGCUCUUACUGGGCCGAAACCUGGACGAGCUCGCGGGUUAUACCUACAGGCUCGGUCAGCUCUUUCACACCAUGGAUAGGUCCAUCGAGGACGCCGACGCGAAACGAAAGACGGAGGAGUCCGCCGGGGAGGUUGACCUGUUCACGGGGCCCAAGGAUGCCAUCUCGUUCGACGGCGUCACCGUGGGCGCGCCCGAGCAGACCGGCUACAGGCUUCUCGUCAAGAACGUGUCCCUCGUCGUGGGUCCCGGCGAGCACCUGCUCAUCACGGGCCCGAACGGAGCGGGCAAGACGUCGCUGCUCCGCGUGCUCGCGGGACUGUGGGAGCCCAUCGAGGGGCACGUGUCGACCCCCAAGGCUGAGAACUACGACGGCGGCAAGGUCAUGAUGUGGCUGCCCCAGCGUCCGUACCUGCUGCAGGGGUCGCUUCGCGACCAGGUUGUCUACCCCAACAUCGCCCUCGCCGAGAGGGCCAGGCGCGGCAAGACCAAACGGGUCGACGCGAACGCCGUCGCGGACGAAGACGAGCGAGUGAAGCAGUGCCUCCGCGCGGCGGGCCUCGGAAAGUUCGUCGACGGGGGCGUGCCGGGCGUCAGCCUCGACACCAGGCACCUCGAGUGGAACGAUGUCCUGUCCGGCGGCGAGAGGCAGCGCAUCGGAUUCGCGAGGUUGUUCUAUCACUCGCCGCCCUUUGCCAUACUGGACGAGGCUACCAGCGCCAUCAACCCCGACGAAGAGGGACAGCUGUACGAGCGGGUGAUCGAGCAGGGCACGACGGUGGUGUCCAUCGCGCACAGGCUGGAGCUGAGAAAGUUUCACAGGAAGGAGCUCAAGCUCGCGGGCGACGGGUCUGGCGGUUGGGAGCUCCACAAGAACGAGGCGAAACCGGGAAGCAGGGGUGGAGACGACAAGUGGAAGCUGGUCGACAAGAAGUAGUGUAUGAAACGUGUAGCACCAUCAUAUCGAAGUUGAUGAUAUGGUCCUUUCUCAAUGCAUCGCGAUCAAAACG